UCAACAAAUUUUCGGUAAAUAAUGGGUCAAGCUGCAUCUUUUCCAAAAAUUCACUUGAAAAAGAAGAAAGCUCUUUUCAUUUCACCAAAAGCAUAUGUGGAAUGUAUUUCAGAUACGAAGGAACCGGCCGAUAUCCAUCACUAUUAUAAUAUGGAAGUGGAUGGUGGUCCGAAAGGGGAAGGUUUUCGAUCGUAUUAUAUCACGAAAAUAGAGGAAUUACAACUCAUUGUAGCGGAAAAGAGUCAAAAUCUCAGACGACUGCAAGCUCAGAGAAACGAACUAAACGCAAAAGUUCGCAUGCUUAGAGAAGAGCUCAUGCUACUACAAGAACAAGGAAGUUACGUGGGAGAAGUCGUAAAACCCAUGGAUAAAAAAAAAGUUUUAGUAAAAGUUCACCCAGAGGGAAAAUUCGUCGUCGAUAUUGAUAAGAAUAUCGAUAUUAACGAUGUUACACCAAACUGUCGUGUGGCUUUAAGAAACGAAUCCUACACCUUACACAAAAUUCUUCCCAAUAAAGUUGAUCCUUUAGUUUCACUUAUGAUGGUUGAAAAAGUACCGGAUUCGACCUACGAAAUGGUUGGAGGUUUAGAUAAGCAAAUCAAAGAGAUAAAAGAAGUCAUAGAACUUCCUGUGAAACAUCCUGAGUUAUUUGACGCUCUAGGUAUAGCUCAACCUAAAGGAGUGCUACUUUACGGUCCUCCGGGUACCGGGAAGACCCUAUUAGCCCGCGCGGUAGCUCAUCACACAGAAUGUACGUUUAUAAGAGUAUCCGGAUCAGAAUUAGUGCAAAAGUUCAUCGGCGAAGGAUCCCGUAUGGUUAGAGAACUUUUUGUAAUGGCCAGAGAACAUGCUCCUUCCAUUAUAUUUAUGGACGAAAUCGAUUCUAUUGGAUCUUCCCGUAUCGAAUCGGGCUCGGGCGGCGAUUCCGAGGUGCAAAGAACCAUGUUGGAACUGUUGAAUCAAUUGGACGGUUUCGAAGCAACUAAAAACAUCAAAGUUAUAAUGGCCACGAAUAGAAUUGAUAUUUUAGAUCCGGCUCUACUCAGACCCGGUAGAAUCGACAGGAAAAUCGAGUUUCCUCCACCGAACGAAGAAGCCAGAUUGGAUAUCCUGAAGAUCCAUUCCAGGAAAAUGAACCUUACCAGGGGUAUCAACCUCAGGAAAAUCGCCGAAUUGAUGCCGGGUGCUAGCGGAGCUGAAGUUAAGGGAGUUUGUACCGAAGCUGGAAUGUACGCUUUGAGGGAGAGGAGAGUCCACGUUACGCAGGAAGAUUUCGAAAUGGCCGUGGCUAAAGUUAUGCAAAAAGACUCGGAGAAGAAUAUGUCCAUCAAAAAAUUAUGGAAAUGAGUUUUUUAUUUUUUUUCUAUUUGUAAUUGUAUAAUUUAAGUAAUUAAACUUAUCUAGUAA